UGCCAUCCCAUCUGUUGCUCUACAACACAACACGACCCGACUGCGCUGUCAACGCGCCACCUUCCUUACCUUCCCUCUACUCUCAAAACAAGUACUAAUUCGGUGUCGCUCGAUUUUGCAGCCGCACACCGAGGUUUCGAUUUCUUAAUCUGGCAAAUAUGGCAUCUGCUACCGCUGCUCGCGAUAUCCCCGUGGCCUUCCAGGCUGGCCGAGACACCUUAGCUGGUGUAGCAGCCGCCAGGAACGGCCCUGUGACAGGCGCUCAACCUCUCCCAACUCCCCCCAACUCCAUCUCUCCCGCGCUUCCUCCCCAUGGGCUCAAAGCCCAGCUGCAGAGGGCACGGCUCGACUCGAUCGAUUCAGACCUCGACCUACAGGAUGACUCCGACUCUAAUCGGGGCGUGUCUUCGUCUUUUGAGGCUGCCGGCGACAUCACUUCGACGUUGCUUGCCAAGUUCCAUCUCCCCGAGAUCCUCCUGAACCAUGGUCCCUUGGCCAUCCGCCAUAUCAUGGGCUACCUCACCACAUCAGUACCCGGUUUCGCCGGUAUCCCUCCAAACAAGGCUCGAAGGCUAGUGGUAUCGGCAUUGCAACGCGGACAAGGACAUGGCGCUGAUGGCGGUGGUGUGAGUGGAGAAGUCGAGUUUGAGAAGGUUGGCUGGGGCCGCUGGGAUGCGAAACGAAGGGGCCAAGCCUUGCGCUCUUUGUCUCGAUCGCCAUCCGGCGAGAGCUACUCAGGUUCCUACCCAACUCGGAUUACAAUCAACCGAGACAUGCCCUGGAACGCAAGCCGAUCACGACUCAAGGCCCGCGCCAAGAGUAAUGGCAACUCGACUUCCUUUUCGCACGAUGAUCGAGAUACAGGUGUACUAGAGCACGAAGCGGAUAAGAUGUCUCUCGAUUCUCUUGACGAGCCUGGCUCAGCUUCUUGCUCCGAAGCCCCCGACGCCGCCGACAUCGCUAUGGAUGAUGAUCCUGAAGACGAGACUGAUGACGAAGACUGGGGAGCUGUUGGAGCCGCUGCACUGCGUGCUGGCUCCUACUCGAGCCCGGCCGACGCUCGCCGCGGCUCAGGCUUUCCUUCUUAUCGUGUAUAUAAUACUGGAGGCUAUCGAUCCUUCUCCUCGAACACUCGCAUGCUUCGAGAACCUCGCCUCGAUAACAUCGAUCUGGACGCUCUAGCCGCUUCUUCCGAUGCGCAAGAGCGCGAGGCGAUCCAAGCGCUUCUACAACUUGGUUCUGUAUAAUUAUUAUGCAUGGGUGGCGUUUGGGACUCAGUCGGUUUGAAACAAUUAUGCAUGGUUGAGAACUGGCCGGAUUAGUUCUGAACUCGUACCCUUUGGUCAACGCGGCGUUAUUCCUACUUUACUAUCCUCCGGCAUUGCUCAUACGACAUAUGGCACAUCGGCAUUGUGGACAGAACUACAAAGUCUUCACGCCAUUUAUUCUCUUAUCUCUUUUUUGGCAACGGCUUGACUUACCGAAA